CCCACCUCCUAAAAACAUCUCAGCUUUUAUUCCAAAUGGAGGGGUAUUUUUCCCACUCAUAAACAAACUUUAAGAUGACACCAACAAUUCCAUAUUCCCAAAUAUUUACGAGCGCCUGAUUCCAGCGCGUCGUGACACAAGUAUAAGUAGGGCCCGAACCGGCUUUCAUAACGUUCACCUUAUCAGGAGGGCCUCUCUUAUACGCACACCGAUUGGUGCUUUAUCUACCCGGAUCUGUGUACUGUGGCUGUUUGGGGGGGGGGUGGAGAGAGAGAGAGGUGAUCAAAUUCGGUGGUGGGCCCUGAUCUUCCUCUAUAACUAGCAUUGUGACAGUAGCAGCUUUACACGAACACUGUGCGCUGGAUAUCCUUCGAGGCGAGAGACAAAAUAAAUGAACGACGAGGUAUCUUCUGCUAGUGAGGAAGAGGAUACAGUCAUGUAGUAAAGGAGAAUGCUUUUAAUGCUUACUUUUUUGCCCCAACAUUCUGUGGUAAAGAAAGCCAGAUGACUGAAGAUCACAAAAUAUGCUGUAGAAGAGCCUCAACGCAAAAACAUUAUACUUGACGUUCAGGACAAACAUUGUUCUCCAUCACGCGCUCGCAGACACAUACGUGAUGGCUGACGGCAUGUCUUUCAACGUUAUCGUGGAUUCCAAAAGAUUAAAUGUUCCAGAACGUGUGUCUGCCACACCAAGAGGUGAAAAUGUUUCCCCAGAUCCAGGGAAAAGUAAAAACGAAGAAGCUCACUUCGGGCAGAGAGUCAUUCACGUCGCUGCUGCUACAGAAGAUACACCUUCUGAGGAGAUGUUUCAAGCUGUGUCAGACGGGUUAACACAUGUGAAAAAUAGAGAUGCAAUCGAUACUGAGAACUUGUUGCUUUUGGAAAAAAUGACCAAUGCUAAAAAAAAUCGUAAAAUUUACACCGGAGGAGAAGUUUUCUCUGAUGAUGACGUUGCACAUGAUCAGGAUCCGCAAAACGAUCCCUCCGCUUUGAUUUUCCAGAAAGGCCCUUCGCGACCGCCAACAGCAACCCAGUUUGCACGACUUUGCAAUUUUCCCGUCCGAACUGAGAGGCCUGAAUUGAUAAAGAGAAACCCAUUCACGGAACUUGAACUUCCAUCUGGGUUUACUCUUGGUGCCAAUAGUGACCUUCCCUCACUCCAAAAUCAGCCCGUGAAAAGCAAAAGUCUAGUAAAGGGAGAAAAUAACAAUGAAACCAAUAGUAACUCACUUGUUCAGGAAGGAGAUCAAUCCAGAAAUAUGGACAUAGAUUCCUUCACCACCGAAAAGCAAAGUGUUAGCGUAGAUGUUAACAACGACAGCUUGGGAGAAAGACAAAGAGAUGAAACAUCUCCACUAAAAUCAGUGAACAUUGAAAAUGUAGAAUCUGUGGCGGAAUCAAAAAGUGUCGAAGUUCCGUGCAUUGUGUCGAUUUCAGUGAGAGACUUAACGAAAACAAAGGAUUUCUAUGUCAUCUACUUUGACGACCUUGAAACGGUUAAGGGACAGUUUGACGAGUCCACCAUGCUGAUAGAUGGUUUGCAGCUGAAUUUGUAUAUGGAAGUCAGCAGUAACAAAGUUGCAACAGCUCUGAAGGAAAUGAACCACGACCCUGAGACCAGUAACAUUUUGAGCGUGUCCUUGGCAACAACCUCAGAAGAGGAAGUAUUUGUGAACUUAAUCUCCUUCCACGGGCCUGAUUUUUCCACGGACGGAACGAGAGUACGUCUGGCCCAGUUUGUUUCUGAGUGUUCUGGCUGUGACGUCAUCAGAAUGAUCCAGCACGAUGAGCCUCGGUCUAUAAUUCUGGUCUUUGACAUCGACAGUUAUGAAGGCGCUCAACGAGCCAUCAACAAAGGGAACUCCAGUCGGAGAUGGCUUGGGGUGUAUAUCCACUACUACCACCCCUGUCUCAGCCCUUAUGAGUAUGAGAAACACUUGGAACGAAGUGCAAGACAAUUGGCCUAUACUGCUAGAUUUGGGCCAGAGAAAAGUGUGACUUCCUUGUCGCUUGCUGGUCAAUCCUCCCCAGCGGAACAGCAGAGUACCCCAGAACCGAAACCACUGCCCGCUUCUGAGAGAAGUAUGACGCGGAUGGCCUCUGUGAAUACGUUCAAAGAUAGAAACGAAACGCCUGGCUUUCAACAAGAAACUUUAACACCUCUAACGAAAGAUCUGGAUAUCUCAGCGGCAACCCAGAAAUAUUUUUUGAAAUGUUUUAGAAAGGAACUGAGCAAAUUGGAGAGUUUCCUGUCCCAUAAGGACGUAAAACUGGAGCAAGGUACAGACAAGUUUACCCUCUCUGGUCCGUCAAAAGUCGUGGAGCUUGGGUUCAGAGCGUUGUGUGUGCUUCGGGAUAGGGUACAAGCUGAAGAGGUGCAUUUGAAGUACAUCGGUGCCAGGGAAUUUCUACACAGUGAGACAGGCCAGCAAAUUGUCCAGGACGUGACGAGAAGUAGCUCAUGUACCAUAGAAGUUGUUCCUCUGCCUCAACCGGAGGAUCCUCCAAACCCACAGGAAGACGUUCAGUCAGAGCAUCAACAACAACAGCAACAGCAACAGCAACAGUCAAAAGGCAUUGACAUCGCAAUUGUGUCGGACAGCAUAAAACAGUUAAAGAGUGACGUCAUUGUGUCCACCGUUGGCAAAAAUCUGUACCUUCAGAACGAAAAGCUGUCCAAGCAAAUCUUACGGCAAGGAGGGAGUGAACUACAAGAAGAACUUAAUGACAGCUACCCAGGAGGUGUAAAGCACGGGGAGUUUGCUCAAACAUCUGGAGGACAUCUGAGGUGCCAGACGAUCUUCCACGCUUGUUUACCGCCCUGGAGUAACAAAGCAAACGUUAUGAUGAUGCGUUUGUUCUUCGAGAUGCUAAGAUUUGCUAAUAACAUGGGUCUCAAGUCUUUGUCAACUCCUCUGUUGGGAACAGGAACCUACAGAUACCCACUGGAUAUCGCUGCAACAGGUAUGCUACUUGUCAUUAAGAGAUUUGAGGAGAGGUUUCCUGAAAGACACCUGCAAACUGUCAAUGUUUUCUUUGCUUCAUAUCAGCAAGCGGCGCUCGAGGCCUUUCAGUCUGCGAUGUCACAGCGGGCCACAGAUGAUAAGAGAAUGCUUGAAAAAACCCAACAGCAGCCAACUUUGGAAAUUUACUAUCAGAACAUGGAAGAGAAAGACUCAGUUGUUGCCCAACUACGAGACAGAUGCAAGAGGGCAUUUCAGACAUUACCAGCAGUAAAAGACGAAAAGAGUAGCAAACUGAAAGCCUCACAGAUGAAGGAACUGCAAAACUACGCCAUCGAGUGCUUGGUGAAAUUUACAGUGAAUUCCUCAAAAAAAGAGAUAAACAUGGCAGGAUUUUUCGUGGACAAGCUUGUGCUGGUGUUAAAUAAGUGGACAGCCUUGCAGCCUGAAGAGAAGAAGGAAAUCUAUCAGAAUCAAGCUAAUCGAGAACUCUUGCCGACCAUUCAGUGGCAGUUCAUGAGGGAGGACAAAUGGGUGAACUUCGGUCCAGGACUGAAUCAGCACCUAGAGUCUCAAUACAAAGAGUUUCACAAAGAAAGGGAAGAAAGUAAGCGUUUCUAUCACACCCAAGAUAAGGAGGGCAGUCGUGCUUGUGUUGAUCUUCACCGUAUGAAACAGUUCCCACUUGACAAAGAGGGUUACCUCAGCUCAGUGGGUGUGGACGUACAGAGAUAUGACCCUGCAGCAGACGCCCUCGCUCUACCUAGCACCUGGGCCGGGAUGAAAGAGAACGAGGAACUGAAAGUGAUCCAACUUAGCAGCAAUUCUUCAGAGUACAAGAAUGUUGCCUGUUUCUUCAGACACAAGGGAGCCAAAUUCAAAAUCUUGAACAUCGAAAGAGUGCAAAACAAGACUCUCUACAGGCAGUACAUGAUCAAGAAGCGGGAGAUGGAGCGACGGAACACAGGCGGUAACAGCAACGAGCAGCGACUUUUCCAUGGUACAGACGCCCCAAACUCCGCCUCAAUUUGUCGGCACGGUUUCAACCGUAGUUACUCAGGGAAACAUGCCACACUGUUCGGAGAGGGUGUUUACUUCUCCAAACUGCCCAGCUAUUCGGCCGCCUUCUCCCAACCAGACUCGGACCGCAACAAACGUAUGUUUCUGGCACAGGUGCUUGUUGGCGAGUCGACAGCAGGCACGACCAACCUACGCUAUCUGCCCCUCAGACCUGGCACUACAAUACCAUAUGACUCUGCUCUUGGACCGGAUAUGUACGUCAUUUUCCACGACACACAAGCGUACCCUGGACACAUAAUUACUUUUAAGAUUUAGACUGAGAGUUUUUUUUGUAAAAGUGAGCUUUAGACCUUCAUGUGGAAGCUACUUGAACUCAAACACACAUAUGGCGUCUCCGUAUUCAAUGAAGGGGCCACGUUUCGGUCGCCGUGAUGUCAUUCGGCACAGACGCAGACAGAUUUAAAGUAUAUUAUUUAAAGAUUUGAGAGGGGGGGGGGGUAAUUUUAAGCGAGUCUCUAUUACAGUGGUGGAUAAAAGUGUAGAUUUUGUAUGAACUUGGCAAAUGGAUCUUGAUCAUGAUCGGUUCAUUCAUGAAGGGACUAACCAUAAGGACAGGUGAAUAGAUUAUGACGGCUCGUCCACAACAUCAAGAGCUGGUAUACGAUUUUUGACAAAGUAUCGAGUGAUGAGAGAUUUGCAUGGCCAACGUCAAAAGUGUGGGGGGGGGGGGGUUGUUUUUUUUUGGUUGGUUGUGGUAGAUACAUUAUGUGUUUUUGAGCUAUAUAUUAAUAUCCACUACCGGCCUCAGAGAUCACGGGAUGCCCCUCCUACAGGUCACUCGCUAUGCUACAGACAGACGCCUGUGUCUCCCCGAGACACCCACCAGUACAAACGGAAGACAAAAGUAAAAGUAAAAUAAGAUUGAAAAUAUAUAGAUGCAGCGGCUGCGUUGGACAGGUUGUCGUUUUACGCACUGCUGUUAUAUCUGAGGAAAAAAAACCGCAAUGAGGAAGAUGGAAAGUGGCUGAUUGUACAAGUAGCCGUAUAAAGCAGGUGGCCACCAUGGCAGGUUUGACUGUUUAAUAUAUAAUAGUAUGUAUAUUACAUGAUUUUCUUUGUUGGUAUACAUCCGACAUUCGAUAGUUCUCAAAUAUUAUAUAUAUUUUUUUCAUUUCCUCAACCCAUACCGUAACAAUGAAAGAGUUCGAACAAUGAGGCAUGUCAGUAAUACUGUGUUGUUGUUUUUUAAAAGACAAUCCCCCCCCCCUCCCCCCUUUUCUUGCAAAAAAAUUAGACAUAUUUUUUGGGCUGAAGAACAAAUGUUACCCGUUCCCAUCUAUUUUGUGAAAACCUUUGGCCUUUUCAAUAUGCCUCUUGAAACGUGCAAGCCGUAGUCGUGAUCGAGACAUUAACGAUUCCUUGACUCUCUUUGGCAUGUUAAAAGUGGUGGUAUCGUCAAUGUGUAAGGUAGUGUGGUGUGUAGAUUUUGUAUUUAUUUUUGUUCCGUGCAAUUUACCGAUCGGUGCAAUCUUUCGCUGCGCGUUUUAACGAUCGUAUAAUUGCGCGGCAAUCUUAAGAUUGCGCAGCCCGUUUUAAUGAUCGUAUGAUCUAUCAUUCUUGUGAACUCUUCAGUUUCAUAUCUUAGUUUUGAUUUUAAUUCUAAUUUUCAUAUUUUUACACUUUUGAAAAUAUAUGAAU